AUGAACAGAACAACUAGUAAAGUGGAUGACGACGAACGACUUGAGGAGGUGAGCUACGAAGAGGGAGAGGAAGAGAGUGGGAGUACUAAUAAUGAUGAAGUACAAGAAGAGGUAAGCUACAAAGAAGAAAGUAAAGAUUAUGAUGAGGUACUAAAGGAUGUGAACUACGAAGGAGAAGGGGAAGGGAAAAGGAAAGACGAAAGGAAAGAAGAAAAAGGGAGUAAUAAUGAUGAACGACUAGAAGAUAUAAUAUAUGUAUAUAUAUACUUAAAUUAA